AAUGCCCGUUGUAAAAUAGCUGGCUACACUGACGUGCCAAAAUGUCGUUGACUUCGCAAUUCGUUGCGAAUUUGAAACGCUUUCGCCUGGUGACCUUCGAUGUAACGGACACGCUGCUCCGCCUGGAGGAUCCGCUCCUUCGAUACCAUCGAACGGCGGAGGAGUUCGGGGUCACCGGAGUGGAUCGCCGUAAGUUGGAGCGAUGUUUCCGGAAGCAAUUCAAGGAAAUGAGCCGGGAGCAUCCAAACUUUGGCCGUUUCUCGCCAGGAUUGGAGUGGCAGCAGUGGUGGCUUCAAUUGGUGACCCAAACUUUCAGCUGCGUAGACCAGGGACUGGCUCCCGAGAAGCUGGAGGAGAUUGGCCGCCGACUAAUUGCCAUUUACCGGACCAAAGCCUGUUGGAAAAGUGUUGACGGAGCCCAGGAACUGGUGCAGUGCGUCCGCAACGCCGGCAAGUGCGUGGGCAUCAUAUCCAACUUUGACCCUUCACUUCCGAAAGUCCUCGACGCCAUGGACUUUGCCGGAAAGUUCGAUUUCAUCCUGACUUCGUACGAGGCGGGUGUUAUGAAACCCGAUCCCAGAAUCUUCGAAAUCCCCUUGAAAAGAUUGCAAAUCUCAGCGGAUCAGGCUCUGCAUAUCGGCAACAAACUGGAAUUUGACUACGAAGGCGCCCGGAAUUGCGGCUGGAGCGGAUUGCUGGUCAAUGGUGGUGGUAAUCAACACUCCUUUGCCACUCUAUCCAAUCUUUUGGAGGCCCUUCGAACCCAGGAGAUCCAAUGGUGAUCCACCAAAGAAACUCAGGAACCACGUUUUCUUUGAAUAGCUCAUGGCUGUUGUUAUUUUCGUAAAUUUCUUUCAGAAUAAGAAACAGAACAGGGUGUAUAGUUAAUGAGUUAAAACUAGUGUUAAAUAUAAAUACGCAAUAGCCUA